CUAGUUUUUUGUUCAAUCAUUAUCUUCAAUUAGCUAGACAUAGAGUGGGGGGAAAAAGAGAUAUGAACGAGCUCAUGAAAAUAGUGCAUCCUGGGGAGACACAUUAUCUGAGCUUUGAAAAGGGAUCACUACCUUUGUCUCAAACAUGUCAUAAGUGCACGCAGCCGGUGUCAAGGGAAUACUACAAAUGCAUAAGAAAUGUAAAGGGAUGUGAGUAUUACCUACACAAAGAAUGUGCUGAACUGAAGGAUCUGCCCCAGAAACACCACCCUCUUCACCCACAACAUCCUUUAGCUAUCCACUCCUACUUUCCUCAUGAUAAAAGCUUCGUAUGCAGCUUCUGUGGCAAAACAAAACAAGCCAGAGGCCGGCUGGUCUACCAAUGUAGUGAGGAACAAUGUGAUUUCUACCUCGACGAUUUUUGUGAAACAUACUUCAUCAAUUUGUCGAAGCCACUUAACAAGUAUGAGAUUCAACAUGUGUUUCAUGAUCAUGAAAAUCAUUGGCUGUCUCCUUCCAAUCUAAUUAUGAUUAGGAAGGAUUAUUUCUCUUUAUGGGAUGAUGCAGAAGGAGAUGAAAUAAAUGGGUACAGCAUCUUUAGGUGUGCUGGAUGUAGAUAUCCCAUUCAGAAAAUAGAUGGGAUCUACAGAUGCAAUGAAUGUGACUUCUUUCUCCACACAGAAUGUUCACAAGUGCCAAAACAGGUGGUGGAUCACUGCUCUCAUCCGCAGCACCCUCUUGUGCUUCAUCAUAACCAACCUGCUGCUAAUCGCAUUUACUGCAUCGAUGAUCAAAUGCGCUGCAUUGCAUGUCUAAAGUGGAUGGAGAAUGAAUUCUACCUCCAUUGUACCAACUGUCCCACCUUCAAUCUUGACCUUCAAUGCUAUUUUCGCUUUCAAACUAAGCCUGCUGUCAACCAUGAAGCUCAUGAGCAUCCUCUUGUGUAUUUUUCGGAAAUAUAUGACAAUGAUGUUCGCUGCUAUGCGUGUAAUACUCCUUGCAAGUACCGCUCAUUUCGUUGCUUUACCUGCAAUUUUAAUAUCCACACUGGUUGCCUUGCCCUGCCAAUUACUGUUAAUUAUGAUGAUCAUGUGCAUCCCCUCACUCUUACCACUUCAUUCAAGGAAGAUGAACAUCCAACCACAUAUUACUGUGAUAUUUGUGAGAAAAGAAGAGAUCCAGAUCAUGGCAUUUAUUUAUGCAAAGAAUGCCUGUUCAUGGCUCAUUUUGAAUGUGCUCUUUCUCUGAGCAACACAGAGUUGGAAGCAGAAGCAGAUGCACCCUGGCGUCAAAAAAUUGAAGAAGACAAUCACAUAUCAGAGAAGGAAGAAGAUAUGACAGUAACUAAUGAAGAAGUCUCACUAGAAAUCUUUGAUCAAUUGGAUGCGGAGAUUGAGGAACUCAGACAAGUGAUACAACAACUUAUCAUCAGGAAAAGAGAAGGAGAACAUCUGACAGAGAUGCUUCAGGAAUUUGACAAGAGGCACACAAACACUGAAGAUAUGCUAAGACGACUGAAGCAAAGUGUUAGAGGAACUACGUCUAAUUAAACAUAAAUGAGGCAAUAAGCUGUAUUCUCCUUCCCUAUCACUUUCAUUUUUUAUUUAUUUAUUUAUUGUUUUUGGAAAACAGAAAAAUAAUAAAUUCCUUUUAUCCACUUUGAUUUGAAAUUUCGCAUCUCAUGCAGUUAUGGCCUAUCUAUGUUGUGCUCUUUUUUAUUAUAACCAGAAAUUUGAGUCCAUGCUAUUAUAAUGAAAGCUAAGGCU